AUGCCUUCAGAAAUAGCAGAUGCGCCCGCGCUGGCAUCUGCACAACCAGUCACCAAGCAACCACCUCCAGAGAAACCCUCCGAAUCGCGACGCAGAACAUAUGUCAUUCUCUCGUUUUGGUUCAUCGUGCUAGUGUUGGGUUUGCCGAUAUGGUGGAAGACAACGACAAUUUAUCGAGCAGACCUCCCUCUGGAGAGAAUGCUCCAUUGGGCAGAUGGAAAGGCCUGUCGCCCUACGUUUCCCCUACAGAUUUCUGUUCGAGCCGACUCCAUAGCGGAUCAAGAAGCUCAGCACCUUGUCCGUUUAACGCAACAUGCCCUCGACGACCUCAAUGAUUUCCCGGGCCAUCAUUUGCGCCUUAAAUUCAGUCCCAAGGGUGGCAGACAGACGGCGGGCUCGAUAAAGCAAGAUGCAGAUUCUGCUUUAAUCAUAAACCUGACCCCAGGGGACUCCAACUCGGCCAGGCUAAGCCAACAAUCCCCGGUUCUAGACAUGACGUAUGCUCCAAACUCGAUUCCGUCACUAAACUCUGCCUCGUCCGCCCUGGCCGCGUAUAUUGCCAAUGAGCUUCAAACCACCUUCUCUGAAGAGCAGUCUAUUAUAUCAUAUCUUCUAUCGACAUCUUCCAUGUCCUCGACAACGAGACAUCGAGGGUUGAGUCAAGAGACGGCCGAAGCUCUGAAGAAACGGACGACGCGCUCCCUGCGUUAUGCUCCGACCUAUCACUUAAGCUUUUCACUCUUCACAGACGGUGCCGUCCCCAACACUUGGGAGAUUGAUGCAGCCAUCAAUGAGUACAUGAAGCCGAUGCUAGAUGUGCUGGGGCCGAUUCACAACUUUACCAUUGAUACACAGGUCCAAUUGUAUGCCACGCCUGGCGUGCAGUCACAAGUCCUUAAUAAGGAGGACCUAGCCUCAUUCAUCAAUGCCGCAGAAUGGCCGCUUUCACCAUCUAUCGGCGGCGCACCUACAGUCAACUUUAUCAUUUUUGUCGGCAACCAGACUAUUGCGUCUGACAAUACCGAUGUUGAAAACUCGCAAUCCUGGAUGAUUCCUCAAUGGGGCUCCGUUUACCUCUUGCACCUACCACCUACUGAGCAGCAUGUUUCAGUAAAGGCUUUGAAGCAGCCCUUGCUCAUGUUUGGCGGCCACUUACUCACUUUGCUUGGCACGCCGCAGUCGGGAUCUCUUCCUCUGCGACUGUCAACUCUUGCCAGGAUACGAACAACGGACCUGUUGCUCCGAGCGUCGUCGUCUCUGGGUUCUCUGGCUCGACUGUCGCCUAGCUUGCCUUCCAUCUCGAUCCCUCGCAGCGUCGCUGACGGCGUUGCCAGCUCGCUGCAGCACCUUGAUCAAGCCUGUGCUAACCUCGGCGGGCCAGAGGGGCUGCUGCAUGCACGAAUUGCCGAGGAAGAGGCCGAGAGGGCUUUUUUCGAGAAGAGCAUGGUUGGACAGCUGUACUUCCCGGAUGAGCACAAGAUUGCGGUUUACUUGCCGUUGCUGGGCCCGGUGGGAGUGCCACUAGUAUUGGGACUGCUUAAUGAGCUCAAGUCUUGGAUCAAGAGACGGAAGCAAAAGGCUGAGGAAGCCAAGGAUAAGAAGAGCCAGUAG